CCCUCGCUCGACCCAUCAAGAAUAGAAGGCUUGCUGCCCGUUCAUGGUGCCGUUGCACGUAAACAAUAUGAUUCACUCGGCAAGAUACUCAGAAAGGACACGAAGCUUUUCGCAAUGAGAGACUCCGGAGGCGGUAAUGUAUUCCAUUUAGCAGCUUUCUGGAAUGUGCCCGAAGUAUUCAAACUCUUACAACCAGAAACCGAAUAUUUGGCUCGAGAACAGGAUAACAAUGGGGAUCUUCCCAUUCAUAUUGCGAGCAAGAUGGGUCAUGUUGAACUAAUCGAUAAGCUACAUCCGGUGUCACAGUGGGUAAAUGGGAAAGGACAAACCGUUCUUCAUGUGGCAGCAAAAUACGGAAGAGAAGAAGUAGUGAGAUAUAUACUCAAACAUCCGGCUCUAGGGGAGAUGAUAAAUGAAAGAGACCAUGACGGAAAUACACCCUCACACUUGGCAACGAAGUAUUUACAACCCGCCGCUUUGGUUCAUCUUGUGCUGGAUAAAAGAAUGAACCCCUCCCUUCUCAAUUAUGAACACUUGGCUGUUGUCGACAGUGUUCCACAUCACUUAUCAGAAAAGAAAUUUCCACUAACAUUUAUACGACUGCGCUUGGUACGCACCCUGUUGAAGGUCGUGUCAGCUGAGAGACCAGAUCGAUUCCUAGUUAAUCCAGAAGCUCGAGACAACGUGUACAGGGGCAGAAUUUUUCCAGUUCCUGCCAAUUUGGAAGAGGCUAUCAAUACCUUGUUGGUGGUGGCAACGCUUGUGACCACUGUGACUUUCGCAGCUGGUUUGGCAGUUCCUGGAGGAUUGAACAGCUCAGACAUGGCAUCCAAAGAUGACAGGGGCAUGGCUACGAUGCUGGGCAAUAGAAAGUUCCAGAAAUUCGUGAUUUGCAACACCUUCGCGAUGUUCUGCUCAAUGACCUCGGUCGUUGUCUUCAUGUUAGCAUACCUGGCCGAAGUCCACUUAAAAUUAUUUAACUUCAAGCUUGCACUAGGGCUACUAGGAAUGUCACUCCCGGCAAUGUCCUACGCUUUCUUAAUUGGUGUCAACUUGACCGUUGGCAAACUCCCUUGGCUUGCCACCACGAUAUCAAUUAUCGGAUCUAUUUUCAUCGUCAUCAUCACAGGUUCUAUAUAUUGGUGGGUGGUUGAUGAAUUAUUAAUAUGGUGGGUGGUUGAUGAAUUAUUAAUCUUUGCCACCGUUAGCCCUCUGAUAUUCAGGUGUAUCCCCCCUUACCUUAAUUUUUUACGAGUUGAGAGGACGCUCAUUUCGGAUGACUCAAAAGAAGACAGAACGAGGAGCAAGACCUCUGUUAGUCCGCCUCCGGGUGGUGGCGGUAAAGAUUGAUUUGCAGAAACAAAUAUACAUUUGCCUUGGAGGAUUUGGCUUAUUCUAUAUUUGCUUUCCUAAUGCAUUACA